GAGGAUGCGCCUGGACUCCUGCACGUCCCUUGGGUCUCGCGCACAUCCUCACACACGUCGUAAUCCGAUCCUCACGCACAGGCCUCGUAAUCGAUUUCUCGAUCGGGUUACGGACGGUCGAAGGGGACGAUCGAAUUCGCGCCGCGAAUAGCCGUGACGCGCGAUAAAAAUGUUGUAGUGAUCGCCGGGGGAGAGAGAGAGAGGCGGCGAGGAGCGGACGUAUAGGAGGGAAAAGCGAUCAGCAUGAGGUGCUUCGAGAGCUUCUUUAAGCACACCUGGCGGCCGCAGCAGGUGCAUCAGAUGGAUUCGCCGUCGAGAUUCGAGCCGACGGCGAAUAAACCGGCGGAGAUGCAGCGUCACUUCGCCGCCGGCGAGACCACGGAGCUGGGCGAGGUGCGGGUGAUCGGGCCGAGCAGCAACGUCGCGACGUCGACGCCGUCGACGGCGCACACCAGCGGCAGCAACGCGACGCCCUGCAAGAACGGCGGCUGCAAGGUCUGGCGGAGCACCCGCGUCGGCGGCGGCUCCGAGCCGCGCACCGAGAGCCCCUGGCACAUACUCAAGACCGUCUUCCUGGUCUCCGUGAUCGUGGCCUUCCUCCUGUGGAUCAUCGUCUACACCCUGCUGGACCAGUACCGGAUCUUGUGAUCGCGAUGCAGCCACCAUCCUCGCUCGACGGAUCCUGCCUGGUGUUCUUGCGGUCGCUAUUCAGCGGAUGGAUUCCGCGGGCGAUUCUCGCGAUUUAUGGGCGAGAUCGGAUCCCGACGACGUGAUCUCGCUGGGAGAUUCCGAUCUGCGAUCGGAUCCUAUACGUGACCUCGUGUUCUCCGUUACGAUCGCUAAAGGCCAUCACGCGUAUAAGAAUUUUAGUCGUAAUCGUUAAGGCAGUAAACAAAUUGAUCACAAUCAAAAUUGCGGUCUUACAUUUUAGAACGUUCAAUAUAUGCUUAUACGAUCUUACGGUUACGAUGAAAAUUCCUGUACGUGUGGUGGCCUUGACGGAUCCUGUGUGACUUCCACGUGACUUUGUGAUCGCGAUUGACGACUCGACGUUGAAAUUCCGCGAUUUCCACGUGAUCUUGUGAUCGUGAUCUACGAUUGAUAUCGGGACCAAUUCCGUUGGGUCCACUGUACAUCUUCCACCAUCGCUAUCGGAUCCUGCAUCCGAUUCUGCAAUCAUGCAUUGAAUUAUAAUACAAAUCACAUUUGUAUUGUGACACAAUUGACGAAACGAAAUGAACGAUUCUGCGGAGAAAUUCGGAAGGAACACGGCCGAAUGCUCGGGGGAGGAUUCCUCUCGGCAGCUAGAGGCGGCCGUAAAUCGGAUUGUAGUACACGUACACACACAUUUCGUACUGUUUUAUAAACAUUCGGCUCCUGUAAAUAAUCGAAUAAAAUACGUCAAUAACAAUA